AUGUCGUUCCUAAGAGAUGAGCUAAACUGCUCCAUCUGUCUGAGCCUCUAUAGCGACCCUGUAAUGUUGUACUGUGGGCACAACUUCUGCCGAGGAUGUAUUGUGCAGGUGUUGGACAACCACGACCCAUCCAUGGCUUACACCUGUCCCGAAUGCAGAACAGAGUUCCAGCAACGUCCUACAUUGCUAAGAAACCUGAAGCUGUGUAAUAUCGUGGAGCACCUUUGCCCAAGACAGCAGGAACAGCAAGAGGAGGCCAACCUGUUCUGCACCUAUUGCGAGUUCGACAUACCAGCCAUAAAAUCCUGCCGGCGAUGUGAAACGUUCCUGUGUGGCAACCACUUGAAGAAACACAACAAGUCAGUGGAACAUUUGUUAACCGAACCCAGCACUUUUCUAAAGAACCGGAAAUGUUCCCUUCACAAGGAAUUUCUUAAAUACUACUGCUCCCAGGAUUCUACCUGUAUCUGUGAUCUCUGUUACCAGGGCGGUCCUCACCGGGGUCACCCGGUGGAGCUUUUGACCACAGCUGCUGAGAGGAAACUCCAAAAUUCCAUGAUGAAGCUCAUCAGAGACAGGGAGGAGCUGGAAGGCAAGGUCGGAAGACUCAAGGCGCAGAAAAGAAAGGUCCAAGAACAAGCAGAUACUUUGAGAAAGGGGAUGAAGGCAUUCUUCACCAUGUUCAUGAAAGAGAUUAAAAUUUUGCAGAAGAUGGUGUUAGCUGAGAUCUCCAGACAGAAAGGCCACGCGCUUCUCCAAACCACGGACCACAUCCAAAGACUAGAAACAAGAAAAGAUGAAUUGUCUAAGAAGAUUUAUCGGACUGAAGAGUUGCUCCACAUCUCCGAUCCUUUAACUGUACUGAUGGAAGAACCAGAGAAUGACAAGAGCCUCAAUGUGCAAGAUGUUACUGUUUAUUUGGACGAGACGCCCAUCCAGUUGGUUCUAAAUCUAGGUCUGUCAAGACUGGUGGACAUUUCCACGGAACUCAAAGAGAACAUUUCAAUGCCGAAGGUGUCCAGCGUGUUGAUGGAUGUCAGUACGGCAUGCAAUUAUAUAUUUGUCUCACGUGACCUGAAAUCUGCCUCUUAUGUGCAAAUAAACCAAGGGUAUCCAGACGGGCCAGAACGUUUUACAUCAUGCCAGGUGUUAGGCGGCCAUAGUUUCGAUGCUGGGCAAUGUUACUUCGAAGUGGACGUUAGCAAGGCCAAGGAGUGGAUAGUAGGUCUGGCCUACAACAGCAUGGAGAGGAAAACACUGGAGAAGGACUCUUACAUAGGCUAUAAUGACAAAUCUUGGAGCUUGGAAUACCGCAAUGGUCUUCUUGCCCGCCACGACAACAUAACUGACGAUGUGACCCUGGGCCCUCCGAUGCAGCUUCUUGGUGUGUACAUCAACGUGGACACUGGACAGCUUUCGUUUUAUCAACUGUGUGAUCAGAUCAGACAUUUAUAUACCUUCUCUGCCAGCUUCACUGAGGGUCUUCAUGCUGCUUUCUAUAUAUUUCCAGAUAGCUGCAUAUCAGUCCACUAG